AUGAAGUUUCUCACGGGGCUCGUCGCAUCGUCAGCGAUAGCUUCAGCCAUCUCGGUGCCCAGCUGGAACGAUCUGGUCAAGACAGUCGAAGGACAGAACCCUUUUGCUAGUGCAGCGCAGUAUCUCAUCCAGCUUUCAGAAUCCGAGACACGAUGGGUUACAGAGGACGAGAAGUGGGAGCUUCGCCGUAACGGCGUCAACUUCUUCGAUGUGACCGACGCAGCACACGACAACACCUUGGCGAUGAAGGCGGCAACAGGGCCAACCCCUCAGGUCACGUAUCCGAAGAAGCCGGCACAGAAUGAGACGGUCUCGAGGCUGUUGAAGUUGUUGGAUAAGAAGAACAUGCGAAAGCAUCUUGAGACCUUCACAGGGUUCCACACACGAUACUAUAAGUCGGACUAUGGGAGGCAGUCAUCGGAGUGGUUGCUGGGUCAGGUCAACGAUACGCUGGCCGAGGCUGGUGUUGGUGUUGUGAAGCCGUUCAAGCAUCCUUGGGGCCAAAACAGCAUCAUCGCAACACUACCAGGAAAGUCGGAGAAGGCCAUCGUCAUCGGCGCGCACCAAGACAGCAUCAACCUCUUCCUGCCGUCGAUACUGUCUGCCCCAGGAGCUGACGACGAUGGCUCCGGCACAGUCACAAUCCUCGAAGCGUUACGCGUGAUCUUGCAAGAUAGGGACAUUGCUCAAGGCAAGGCAGAGAACACUCUUGAAUUCCACUGGUACUCCGCCGAAGAGGGAGGUUUGCUAGGAUCGCAGGCAAUCUUCCAGUCUUACCAAAAGGAGGGUCGUGAUGUCAAGGCAAUGCUGCAGCAAGACAUGACCGGCUAUACUCAUGGCACGGUCGAAGCCGGCGAGCCUGAGAGUGUUGGCGUCAUCACCGACUUUGUGGACCCGGGUCUCACCGAGUUCAUCAAGCAGGUCGUCACCACGUACUGCGAGAUCCCAUACAUUGAGACGAAAUGCGGAUAUGCAUGCUCGGACCACGCGUCAGCCAGCAAGGCAGGAUAUCCAUCGGCCUUCGUCAUCGAGUCGGACUUCAAAUACAGCGACAACAAGAUCCACACGACCGAAGACAAGAUUGAGUAUCUCGACUUCAACCACAUGCUGCAGCAUGCGCGCCUGACUCUCGGCCUCGCCUACGAGUUGGCGUUUGCAAAGUUCGACUAG